AUGGCCGGCUUCCUCGGCAUUGCGCUGGCGAUUUGCCAUCUCGUUGCGGUCGCAACAGCAGCUGCAGCGGACUUGAUCACGCUGUCGCUGUCUUCGGCCAGCGUUCCAGAAGGCGUAGCUGACCCUCUGAAUCCGUCCUUCGCAGGCUUCGGAAUCGAGCCGUCCAACCUGUUCUCGUUCAUGGGAAAUGACCAGCCAAACACCCUCAGCAUGAACCUGCUGAACAACCUGAAGAGUUAUACCGGACAGCCUCCUCAUAUUCGGCUCGGCGGUAACACCGCUGACAAUAUGAUCUUCGCGCCGGACAUGGACCAGUGGUAUUGGAUCUGGAACCCAAACCCCGUUGGCCAAGGGGCGGUCAAGUCGGACAGCAUGCUCAUCGGACCGCGCUUCUUCGAGGCUGCAAACCGACUUCCUCAGGGCACUCCUGUGACCUGGGGUCUGAACAUGGCAUACCAAGAGCCAGACUUCCUCACACAACUGGCCACCAUGGCAACCCAGGCCAUAACCCAAUGCCCCAACAUCAAAAUUACCUCCUUCGAGAUCGGCAACGAGCCAGACCUGUACCUGCAGAACGGGUUCCGUACCGGCGUCUGGAGCGGCAGCGUCUACAUACAGCAAUGGCAGCAGCGCGCAGCGCACCUCUUCGCCACCGUACUCCAAGCCAACGGGCUCCCGGCAAGCUUCUUCGAGGCGGCCGCCACGGCCUCCACGAUCGGCACCAGCUUCCAGAUCAGGGACCUGACGGACGCCGGGAUCGCGGCCGACUCCGGGACGGGCGCGGCGUACCUGAGCAGCUGGAACCAGCACGACUACUACUUCUACAUCGGCGUGUCGUCGUACGGGCUCACGCUGGAGCACCUCAUGCAGCUGCAGACGACCGAGGUGCAGUUCGCGUCGUGGCUACAGCAGGUGCAGCAGGCGGCCCAGACGCCGUUCCCGUAUGCGCUGCGCGAGAUGGGCAUCGUGGGGCCGAUUGGGAUGCAGGGCGUGACGGACGUCUUUGGCACCGCGCUGUGGACGAUGAACUUCCUGCUCUACGCAGCCUCCCUCGGCAUCUCCUCAGUGCAGCUUCACAUGACAGACAACAGCAACGCCAGCGCCUGGCAGCCCAUCGAGCUGUACGGCCGGGCGCCCUUCGUUCGGCCCGUCUACUACGGCAUCGUCGCCUUCGACCAGGUCAUCGGGCCCUCGUGCACAGCGCAGAUCCAGCAGCUCGCCAUCCCGGCCACCGCGUCCUCGGCCUAUGACGGCUUCGUCAAGGCGUACGCCGUCUACCAGGGCGGCCAGCUGUCGUCCGUGGUCGUGCUCAACGGCAGGAUGGCCAACCAGUCGGUGCCCGAGGCGCAGAAGCCGGCCCUGACGGUCCAGGUCCAGCUGCCGGCGGCCUUGGCCGGCCAGACGAUGUAUUUCUCGUACCUGACGGGCCCCGGCGCUGACGCGACGGAGGGGACGACCUGGAAUGGCAUCAGCUUCGAGCAAAGCGGCACGGGCAUUCCGACCACGGUCUCGAGCGACGAUGUCACGGUCCAGGUUGCGGGAGAUGGAAGCGCCAGCUUCCCGGUUCGCGACACGCAGGUUGUAGUCGGCACGCUCGGGCGCAGGAUCGGCGCAGCUCUAGACACAGACAACACGGCCGCCUGCGCAGCGGCAGCCGCAAACAAGUCCCCAGUAGGAGCCAUCCCUGGUGUAGUGGCCACAGCCAGCGCCGCAGCACCAUCCUCGUCGUCAUCUUCGUCAGCAGCAUCUUCGUCAGCAGCGUCUUCGUCAACGGCGGCUUGGGGGAAUGCAGACACGAAUCCCCAGAGGAGCGUUGCCGGGGUCAAGUUCACGCGGCCGCAGAUGUCGUACGCGGUGGUCCUCGUGGUGAUUUCCCUGGCAGUCACCUUGCUGUUGAUGGCGUUAUAG